UCCAGGCUGACUUGAGGGAAACUUCCAGCAAACCGGUGCAACUAAUUCAAACCUCCACGCAAAGCCUCCAGACUACCAGCAGGCCCAGAAGAGUCCUACAGAGAGCGUUGGGAGAUCAGGGAACCCAGCUGCUUCGAGAUCGACUGAAGAGCCUCAGUCUUCACUGGUAAAAGAGAAAUCUGUGAAAAGAUGCAGGAGAAAGGUUUCCUCACCCAAAGGAAAGCAGCGGUGGCACUGUGCAUCGUGCUGCUAAUGCUGGCUCAGCAGGUGUGUGCAGGUCCGAUGGUGCCUCAGGUCCGGUCCAGCUCCGACCAGAAGGCAGAAUCAAAGGUCACGGUGCUGAGAAGGAUAGCUCGGAUGACCCCGCUGUGGAGGAUCAUGAACAGUAAACCGUUUGGAGCUUACUGCCAGAACAACUACGAAUGCUCCACGGGACUCUGCAGGGCGGGACGCUGCUCCACCAGCCACCGCUCCACCUCAGGGCCCGUGAACUACUAGACGUCCGAGUGGGAAACAACCAGCGUGUUUACAUGUAUAUUACACAUGGCCAUAGACCUUAUGAAAAGGAUCUCAUCAACUGGGAUUUUCUAAUCGUUUUUAAAACAAAAUAUUUAUGUGUGCCAAUACGUUGCUGAUAAUAUCGAAUAUAUGUUUAUAUGCUCCACUCGAUGUAUUUCAAAAAGGUAAAAAAUGUGAACAAUUACUCACAUUAAGAUGAGAGGAGGGUUGAGGCAACGCGCAAAAAUGUAAGACGGGAGUCAUUUUAAACUCGAUGUUUUCCAUCAUGUGGUCAUCUGCAAACAAAUACUUGUUUGUACCAAAAUCCCUUCGCCUUGAACUCUCUGUGAGUCAAAAUACAAACAAAAAAGUACUUUUUUCUCAGUUAUCUCCACAUAUGAUGUAAAGUCUGAUGUUUAACUAGCUUGAUAACAAGGUUUUACUGGCAUCACUGAUAUCAUGACGCCUUAGAAGUAACGUCUUAAAAACAACUAUGUGGAACAGAUAAUGAUGGAUGUCAAGGGGAAGACAACCUCGACAUUUUGACCACGUUUUGAUAAGUUAUGACUUGACUGUGUGCGUAGAAGGUCUAAUCACUACCACUGAUAAUGUGUCUCAUCUUACAUAUAAACGUCGCCUUCUUUCCCCGAAGAGAAAUCAUUUGAGUUAGUUUGCAAUCGUAACCGUUUAAAUUACUUCUGGCAUUCUUUAUAGCGACACUUUUAUGUUAAACCCAAGAUCUUGUCAAAGUUAGUCAAUGGCAACAUUAUUCAUAACAUAUGUUAUGAAUGUGUACUGAUUUGGUGUAAUGCAGUGAUUCUCAUAAUUUAUUUAUUUUAUCCUCUGUUUAAAACUGUACCCAUUUAUUUUCUUUUUGUUUUGUGAUAUUUUAAUGGUUUUGUUUUAGAAUAAUCAAUCACUCCCGACUUGAUUUAUUUCAGCUUUCUCCAGCAGGAACUUUAAGAAAUGUUAAAUCUGUAACCAAGAACCAAUUUAACAAAUAGUUGCACAGCCUUUUUCUUCUUUUUUUUUUGCACAUCCAUCUCCUCACAUCGAUAAGCGAUUGUGGAUUUCGCCUGCACGGUUUACUUCACGCACAGAGCAGGUGGUUGCUGAUAUUUUGUACACUCAGCGUUGAGAAAUGUUUGAGUAGGAUUGCACUUUUGAAACCCGAAUUAUCUUUGUACUGUGCACUGUAAGUACUGUAUUACUUACAUGUAGAAGGCUGGGGGAAGAGUGGAAUAAAAGCAUUGGGGGGAAAAAACGCAUUUGUUCCUAA